AUGAAGUUCAACAGCGCUUUGAGUGUUGCUGGAGUCACACUUCUCUACAUAACAAGUUCCCUCUGCCAGCUAAAUGUAUGUGGUAAAGCCCCCCUCAAUAACAGGAUUUACGGAGGGGGGGAUGCGAAAGCAGGGAGUUGGCCGUGGCUGGUCAGCAUUCAUGUCAACGGCUUGAGCCAUAACUGUGGUGGGACUCUCAUUACUAAAGAUUGGGUUUUAUCUGCAGCUCACUGCUUCAAGACAUCCAGUGUGUCUGACACUGUGAUGUACUUCGGUCGCCUGAGACAAUCCGGCUCAAACCCUCACGAGACGUUCAGGAGAGCGAGUCGAAUCAUCAUCCAUCCUAAAUACGUCGGUGCUCCUUAUGACAACGAUAUAGCACUGAUCCAGCUCUCCUCCUCUGUGACUUUCUCUAAAUACAUUCGGCCAGUCUGUCUGGCAGCGGAUGGGAGUACAUUUGGUGCAAGUACAGAGAGCUGGGUCACUGGAUGGGGCAGAAAAACAGAUGGAGGCACAGGGUCUAACAUACUGCAAGAAGUGAAGAUGACAGUUGUGACCAACCGUUACUGUAAUUUUCUUUAUGGAGGGAUAAUCACAAGCAAUAUGAUUUGUGCUGGGCAAGGGAAAAGUGCAUGUCAAGGAGACUCUGGAGGUCCAAUGGUCAGUAGGAACGGUUCCCUGUGGAUUCAGUCCGGCAUUAUGAGUUUUUUAGUACGCCCGUGUGAUAAACCCAGAUAUCCCAGUGGGUUCAUCAGGGUUUCAAAGUACCAGGACUGGAUCAAUUCUUACACGGGCAGCAACCCACCUGGAUUUGUUUUAUUCAAUGCAGCAUCCUCCAACCUGCUCUUAUCCCCCCCUUUCUCUCAUAUUCUCCAUCAUUCCUUUCACCUUCUCCAGCUUUCUUGCUUCUUAAAGAGGACAGUUCUGCUGUACAUGUUCUAUGAGAAAAGAGCCUUUGUAUUGUUGUAUUUGCCAUGUAUUCUUUAUUACUCAAUAAAUGUACUAUUCUGCAAAAGCAUUCUUUUUGAUAUUGUAAAAACAUACACUAAUAAAGUUCUGCAUGUUUCUGUGCUCUGA